ACUCGUCGUUGUAAACGACGGCGACCGUGACGAAUACGAUAACAAUAAUCAAGGUGGAUUAAUUAACAAUAUUAAUCCAUUGAAAUAAAAGCAAUAUAAUAAAAAAAAAAUGUAUGCCGUGGUCGAAUUUUUGAUGGCACCGCGGUGUUUUCAUUGAACCAAAAGAUCAUAGAAUCAUAUCAAUAAUGGUAGUGAUAACAGACGUCUAAUCAACGCGUUCCGUCCAUCUCCCGAACUUUCGCGGAAUUCGACAAUAAUAAUUGUUGGAAAAGUGAUAGUCUGUCUGCCGUUCGUGAUCCGAAAAACUCUAGUUGUCUCGUUUCAAGCAUUGUAGCACGGGCGCACGGCCCUACGAAGCACGCACAUGAAGUCUCCCUAGCCGCCGAGAACUAGCUUGUCGCCUGGACCGGUGGACUUGACCACCGAUGCUCAGAGUGAGCCCCCGUUCCAUAUGAUUGCUACGCCGACAUGGCCGAACAUGGCACCGUUGAUACAAACUCUAAACAGGACAAGCCCGCCGAUGAAAUGCUUUCAGAUUGGAUCCAGUGCAUUUGUGUCGUCACCUUUGACCUAGAGUUUGGCCAGGCGAUGGAGUUGGUCUACCCCAACAACGUGAAAUUAUCCGAGGAGGACAAAACAAACCUCUGCUACCUUGCUUUUCCCGACUCCAAUUCCGGAUGCAUGGGAGACACUCAAUUCCAUGUCAAGAUUAAGUGUUCUCAACCUUCGAAUCUCAGUCAACGCCAUAUAAACUAUAAUGCAAAAUGUCCAGUUUUCUUACAAGUUGACCAUCGUUGUUUGUAUGGGUUUGUUUUCUUUCGACAAAUCAAAGAUCUGUCUCUUCCACGGGGUUAUUUUCAAAAAAGUGUAAUUAUACUAUCUCAGUUGCCAUUCAUUAGUUUAUUUACUGAAGUUUGUGGGACAAUAGCACCUGAGUAUUUCAAGCACGGAAUUACUGGAAUAGAAGUAGCAUGGCAUGAUAUCAAACAGUGGCCAGAUUUAUAUGCUGGAGAAACAGUUAGCUUGCCAUUACUGGGAAUUGUUCUUCAAGCUCAACUGGUAUGUGAUAAUAAUAAAAUCUGCAGCUCAUCAAACUCAAUGGUACCUGAUUACCAGUUACCCGUAGUUGUAUCAUCAUUAUACGAACUGAAUACAUUUGGAUGUUUUUCAUCGAUUGUAUCUCAAAUGCAUCUUUUAUGGGAAUUAGUGUUAACGACUGAACCCAUUGUUGUGAUGGCCUCAUCACCUACCUACAGUUCUCAAGUUGUUCAAGCAUUGGUUAGCUUAAUUGUGCCAUUGGCUUAUUAUGGAGAUUAUCGUCCAUAUUUUACAAUACACGAUAAUGAGUUCAAAGAGUACAUGAGCAAGACACUGAAUCCGCCACCUAUAAUACUCGGUGUAACAAAUCCUUAUUUCACAAAAACAUUACAACAUUGGCCACAUAUUGUUAGAGUUACUGAUACAUUAAAAAAAGACACCACAAAUAAAAGUAAAUUAAGAAAAGGAUCUAAUCUUAAAAUCUUAGAUGCUAAACCUGGAGUUUAUACAGAGUAUAAACCCUAUUUGUAUAAAGAUAAAUCAAUAGUCAAAAAACUUCUCAGAGGAAUGCAAAACAAGCGCCCAGAAGAAGUGCAAUCAGCACUAUUGCGAAGACACUUUUUAGAACUCACCCAUAGUUUUAUGAUACCACUUGAGCGAUAUAUGUCAUCAUUAAUGCCCUUACAAAGAAAUAUUUCUCCCUUUAAGGCGGCUCCUAAACCCUGGCCUUUUAAUCCAGACAACUUUUUGGCUAGUUUAGAAUACGCUGGGCCUCAACUGACAUGUGGUAUUAAAGGAGACUGGAAGGGGCUUUACAAGCAAUUUUUCAGAUCUCCAAAUUUCAAUGGUUGGUACAAUGUUCGUUACAAAGGAAUGAUGAUGAAGCUUCAAGUUUUGCAAAUCGAAGCACUAUCUAGUGUGGAUUUUAACAAUUGGCUUGAAGGAAAACAAGAAGUAGAAAUUGUUGACAUGAUACUAAAAAUUCGGCAGAAACUGGAUGAAUGUGAAAGCAAAGGGUACCAGUUAAAUAAAAGAAUCAAAGAUCAAUUAAAAGUGAAAAUGGAUGAUAUAAUUUGUUCAUUGCCAGAUGAUUUAAAAAAUGUCUUGUCAAGUAAAAAGCCAUCUACCAGAUGAUACACUUCCAUGUAUAGAUAUAGAUG